AGACAAGAGAAAUGAGGAAGACCAGUCCUUCCACCGGGCAGAGAGAACAGAAGUCAUUACCAAAAAAAAGGUCUCCCUGCCCAGUUAGUUUAAAGUGGUUGAGUGAAGUUUUGCCGUUCUUUUGUGGAAACAGGAGGGAUGGUGCGCAGCUGGGCUGACGGCAGGUGCGCCCGGUUUGUGGAGCGACACCAGUCAGCGCUGAAUUUUGCGCUGUUGGUUGUCGGUUACAUCCUUUACCUCAUAAUCGGCGCCGGGAUCUUUUCCGCCAUCGAGAUGCCCUACGAGCACGAGCUUCGGCAGGAGCUGAAAGCGGCCCGGCAACACUUCCUGAGCAACAACACCUGUGUGUCCGACGCGCGCCUGGAGGAGCUCCUGGCCCGCGCGCUGGAGGCCAAUAACUAUGGCGUGUCCUUGCUGGGUAACGACACCAGCCGCAACUGGGACUUUGUGUCCUCCCUGUUCUUCACCAGCACCGUCCUGACCACAACGGGUUAUGGCCACACUGUUCCUCUCUCAGAUGAAGGGAAGGCCUUCUGUAUCUUCUACUCCCUCUUCGGGGUCCCAGUUACCCUCUUCUUCCUCUCUGCUGUGGUGCAGAGGAUCAUGGUCUUGGUGACUCAACGCCCAGUGUCCUACUUCCACCGUCGAUGGGCCAUGUCCAGAUCAAAGCUAGCUGCCAUCCAUGCCACCUGCCUCGCCCUCGUCAUGAUGCUGUUACUCCUCAUCAUCCCUGCGUGGAUCUUUAUCAACCUGGAGAAAGAGUGGAACUUUCUGGAGUCUCUGUAUUUCUGUUUCAUCUCCCUGACAACCAUUGGCCUCGGGGAUUAUGUCCCUGGAGAGACCCAUAGUAAAGAGGCCAACCCACACCCACAGCUCUACAGGCUGACCAUCACAGCCUACUUGCUUCUGGGCUUGGUGUUUGUCCUGGUGGUGGUGGAAACGUGUUGCGAACUUCCCCAGAUGAGACGCCUCCGACAGAGGUUCUACCGAGAAAAUGUUCAGGAGCUGGACUCCGAGACCACCAACAUCAUCGACCAGGAUGACUUGAGCGACCAGCUGACUGACCCCUCGGACCACGUGACAGGUCACCUUCCAGUCAUCGCAUCUGUGUCACAACAGGCCGCGUCCUUACGGCAAGACAACAAGUCAAUGCCCUAUACCCCAGCAUCAGGAUCAGCUGUUAACAGCGAAAUGAGAUGACAGAUUGUCUGCCACACAUUGUUUUUAAGGGACUGGUCUAUAAAAUUUAACCCUGUGCAUGGCGGCUCAGGACAUACUGGCACUGACCGCUAUCUAAAUGUGAUAUACAUAUGAGUAUAUAAGCAGUCUUACUAUGCCUAUGUGUAUAUCGACAUUUAGACUUGGUCACUUAAGUACUUAAAAAGUGAUUUCUUUCUGCUGUUGCCAACAUCAAUACACAUGUGGUGUAAAAGCAGGAACCACCCAGAGAUAAUCAGGAUGGCGUUGUUUUCUUGUUCUCUGUUGCUCCGUUCCCUACAGAUAAGAGUUAGAUCUAUGACACAGAGGAAGGGCUGGGACCCAAAACGGAGGGAAACCCCACGAGUUUCCACUUCCUGCCAAAGUCUUGAGGCUAUAAUUCCAGUACAGGACACUUUGCACUAGAGGAUUUCACAUUGUAUGAUCUAUUCCAGUAUUUGCAUAGGAAAUUUGCCUUCUCUGAAGUCAGAAAGCAGUACCAGGAGAAUGAGGCGCAUCAUCACUUGGCCUGUUGUACAUUAUUUGAAAGAAUUCCAAUUAAAAGAGUAAAUAAUGGUUCCUGGAUGCUCACAGGAUGAUCAGACUUCAGCUCCUCAUUGCAUUUAAUGAUAAAUGCAGGAAUCUCUGUCUGUCUGGCUUUCUGUCUGUACUUUGAUUUUCACAACUGCUCAUCCGAUCAACUUCAAACUUUCUGCGUGUAUUUCUGAGGGCCUAAGACAGUGCAUCGUCGACUGAAGAUGUUUAAGCUUGAUUAAUGCAGGCAAAGAAAUCAGUCCCUAGUGGCAGAAACAUGUUCAACCAGCCCUACACUAAUUUACAAAGUUCAGUGAAGUCAUUGUACUGCAAGAUGUGCCCUCUUACCACUAGAGGGCAGCACUUUCAUUUUAUGUAAGAGGUUUACAUGUUACUGGGAAUUCCUCUCUCCUGCUGCUUAGGGGAGUGUUACUUAGAAAUUAAGGUGCAAGAAUAUGUUAUUGUUACAACUGAGUGUUAGAGAAAAUGGUGUAGAACAAAGUUGUUUUAAUAUCUAUAUAUUUUGUCAAAGCCGUCCUAUUUUACAGGUGUCGAGUCAUUUUUAAUUCACUUGCAAAACAGCUUAAAACUGGUUAAAAUCACAAAAA